CUGGUGUCUCAGUGGCGCGCGCUUUAUUCAACACAGUACCAGCUUAUAUCCUCUCGUCUCCUAAUAAAACAUGUCUUAUCAUCAUAAAUACAGAAACAGCAGCGAGGAAAGCAGGAACAAAGGCCAUUCAAGAUGGUCACACAGCCGGAAGCGUGGUGCAGAUGGAAGCACAAUAAGGUCUCACGGUGAACCCGAGUCCCCCUUAGACAGGAAGGGACACCGGUCGAGUUCACAUAGACCUGAGGGUUUCACAACUCCAGAAAGCGAGAAGCCUGUGUCGAGAAUUGGAGACUGGGGAGAGGAGGUGGAGGCUGAAGAAAUGCGCACUAAUGUCAGACGCGAUGUUGAGCGUUACAGACGACGGAUACUCGCUGGAGAGUGUGGUCAGCGAGAGAGAAAAUCCUCGUCUGGAAGUUCAGACUCUCGAGAGUCUAGAGACUCGCCCGCGCCCGGAGACAUCGAGACCGACGAGGUCGUGUUGUUGAGGCGACAAAAGCAGAUCAACUACGGCAAGAACACACUCGCCUACGACAGAUACCUUAAAGAAUUUCCAAAGCACUUGAGAAAGCCGGGAGUCCACCCUCGAACCCCGAACAAAUUUAAGAAGUACAGUCGCCGUUCCUGGGACCAGCAGAUCAAACUGUGGAAGGUCAAACUUCACGCCUGGGACCCGCCAACUGAGGAGGGCACAGACCUGGAAGCCAUUGAUCUUGGUGAGAUCAUGGAUUUUGAACUGGAUCCUGAAACAGAAGCUCAGAACCCAAAAUGCAGCAGCGCAUCAUCUUUACCAGACGACUCGUACACUGGAACCCCUCACAAGAUGAUGAAGAUAGAUGAGAAUGAAAUGGCUUGAUACUUGAUGUUUUAAUUGAUACUCUAAUGAUGGAGUGAGUUCAGGGUUUUAAUGCUGUACAGGAUUUUCUAUAUUUUGGGUGAAACACGGCUGGUUACUCCUUGUUUUUCUUACUGUAGAUAAAACUGCAUUCAGAAAUGUUUAUUUUAUACAAGUUCUAUAAAAAUCUAACUGAUUAAUAACUUCCUGUUGACAGUCCUUCCAGAUCAGAGCAUCUAUUUCAAAUUAAUUGUUGUAAAGUAUUGCUUUUAUGUUUGUUGUGUACAUUUGUUUUUGUGUAGCACCAUUUUCAAAUAAACAAUUAAAAAAUACA